AUGACUUUCAAAGACGAUGGGUGGACAGAGACGGAAGUACCGAGGCACCGGAGUACACUAACGCGCUAUGAUUUUAGUGAUGUUGAAGAUGUCAAGAGUUCAUUAUUUGUGACAAAACUCUUUAAAAUAUUAGGAUUUCAAAAAGAAGAGCGGGAACAUAUUCAACUGAUAGUUCAAAACAAUGGGGGACAAGUGACAAACAAGAAGGAAUUGGACUUUGCGAUUCUGAACGACAAUUUUCAGGGCGCUUCGAAGAGGAAAUAUGAUGACGAAAUGAAGUCGCGGUCAUUACAAUGGUUUUUUAAAUCGGUGUAUGAAGGGAAGAUCUAUGAUGCCGAUGAAGGAGGGUCUGCACGGACAUCUUUAGACAUUGGGAUUGCUCAAAACGACGUGAAAAAGAAUAUAUUUCCCGACGAAGAAAAUUUCAAGACUUUGUCUGGUGUAGAAGUGUCGACAACCAAUGGAGGAGACACGCGAGAUAACACAGAAGAGUCGAAUGUCUUCAUCGACUCACAUUUUGCAGAGCCUCUUCCAACCUUGUUUGAUGGUCUUGUUGGGUAUUUUGAUGAUUCUCUAAGUUCUAUCGAGAAGAUACUUCAACAGCACUUUGUUGGAUAUGGAGGGUCAGUUUCAUGUGCUAUAAGUAAGCGUGUGACACAUUAUUUUGCAAAUCAAAGUGUAGCUCCCACUCUUAUUAAGUACAAAAUAGUGAAUGACAAUUUGAAGUUUGUGAAGCCUGAGUGGAUCUAUUUGUGUGUGAAUUCAGGGCAAGUCCAACCCAUCGAGAAUUACUUGAUACUCUCAGAACACACCGACACAGUACUUGGCAUCUAA